AUGGCCAGUGUCCAAGAGCCUAUUCUCCCGGAAAGCAAUGUGCUGCCCACAGAUGGUCCAGUUGAGACUAUUUCAAAGUCCUCCGAUGCAACUGAGGUGGAACUGAGCGAAUCCACGGCCACUCUGGUUGAGGCCGACUCCACACAACAAUCCAAAGAUUCAACCCAACCCGAGGUCCCAAUGACCGCCGCAGAAAAGAAGAAGGCCAAGAAGGCCAAGAAGAAGCAGCAAAAGAAACAGGAGAGUAUUAGCUCCAUUGCUGUGGAAGCUGAAAAGACUCCCGAAGCGACUCCCGAGACUGCAGAGCCUGCAGUAGAAGAAGCAGCCGUCGAAGCUCCCAAGGAAGCUGAACCUGCUGCUGAGUCAGUGGUUGAGGAAAAGACCGCAAUUGAAUCAACGGAAGAAUCUAAGCCGACCGAGAAGGCGGGCGAUGCUACCGAAGCGCCAGUGCUUGAAGAAAAGCCUGCCGCUGAAGCCACCCCCGAGGUUGUCGAGAAGGUCGCGGAGCCCGUCACAGAAGAAUCAAAGACUGUUGAGGCCGUUCCGGAAACUGUCGCAGAGCCUGUCGAAGAAUCCAAGGCCGUGGAAGAGGCUAAGCCUACCACGGAAGAGCCCAAGACCACCGAGGCCGUUCCUGAAGUCGCCGCAGAGCCAAUCGUCGAAGGGACUCCCGCUGCGGAAGAUAUCAAGACCGUCGAGGAGGUUGCUGAGCCCACCGAGGAGCCUGUUGAAGAAAAGGCCACCGAGGCCGCCCCCGAAGCUGCCGCUGAGCCUAUCGUCGAGAAGCCUGCUGAAGCCGCCGUGGAAGAGCCCAAGGCUGCGGAGGAUAUUGCCGAACCCGCCAAGGAAGAGUCGGAGCCUGCCAAGUCUUUUGCUGAAGCCGUCGCUGAACCCGUUGAGGAGACUCCUGCCGCUGAAGCUGCCGUAGAAGAAUCCAAGACCGCCGAAGCCGUCCCUGAAGUCACCGAAGCCGCUGUCGAAGAAUCCAAGGCCACCGAGGAGGUUGUCGAGCCCGCCAAGUCCUUUGCUGAAGCUGUAGCCGAACCGGUCGAGGAGACUCCGGCUGCUGAAGCUGCUGUGGAAGAAUCUAAGGCUGCCGAGGCCGUUCCUGAAGCCGCCAAGGAAGAAAAGACCGAAGAGGCUGUUCCUGCAAUCGUCGAGGAGACGCCCGCCACUGAAGAAAAGGUUGUUGAGGCCGCUCCUGAGGCUGCCGCAGAGCCUAUCAAGGAAACCCCCGCCGUCGAAGAAUCUAAGACUGAGGAGGUUGCUGAGCCUAUUACCGAGGAACAGCCAAUCACUGAAUCCGCCACGGAAGAGUCAGAGCCCAAGACCUUUGCCGAAGCCGUCGCUGAGCCGGUCGAGGACACUCCGGCUGCAGAGGCUGUUGAGGAAUCGAAGCCUGUCGAGGCUGUUCCUGAAACUGUCACAGAGCCUGCUGUCGAGGAGACUCCGGCUGUGGAAGAAUCUAAGGCUGAGGAGGUUGCUAAGCCUGCCACCGAAGAAAAGGAGGUUGAGGCCGUCUCUGAAACUCCUGCUGUCGAAGAAUCCAAGGCCGCCGAGGUUGCUCAGCCCACCGAGGAGAAGCCUGCUACUGAGGAGAAGGCCGUCGAGGCCGCUCCUGAAGCCGUUGCAGAGCCUAUCGUCGAAGAGGCUCCCGCCUCUGCAGCUGCCGUGGAAGAGUCAAAGCCUGUCGAGGCCGCUCCUGAAAUCGUCCAGGAGACACCCGCAGUCGAGGAAUCCAAGGUUGAGGAGGCUGCUGAGUCUGCUGCUGAAGAAAAGGUCGAGGCCGCUCCUGAGGCUGUUGCAGAGCCUGUCAAGGAAACUCCCGCCGUCGAAGAAUCAAAGGUUGAGGAGGCUGCUAAGCCCAUAACCGAGGAAGAGCCAGUCGCUGAAUCCACCAAGGAAGAGGCAGAGCCCGCCAAGUCUUUUGCCGAAGCCGUCGCCGAGCCAGUUGUCGAGGAGACACCCGCUGCUGAAGCUGCAGUCGAAGAAUCUAAGCCCGUCGAGGCUGCUUCUGAAGUUGUGCAGGAGACACCCGCAGUCGAGGAAUCGAAGGUUGAGGAGGUUGCUAAGCCUGCUGCCGAAGAAAAGGUCGAGGCCGUUUCCGAGACUCCCGCAGUUGAGGAAUCCAAGGUCGAGGAGGCUGCUGAGCCUAUCACCGAGGAGGCUGCUGAGCCUAUCACCGAGGAGAAGCCCACAGAACCCGCUACUGAAGAGUCAGAGCCCACCAAGUCCUUUGCCGAAGCUGUCGCUGAACCGACUGUCGAGGAGACUCCCGCUACUGAAGCUGCCGUGGAAGAACCCAAGACUGUUGAGGCUGUUCCUGAAACCGCCACAGAUGCCCCCGCCAGCGAAGCAGCCGUCGAAGAGUCCAAGCCUGUUGAGGAGCCAGUGACUGAGAAGGCUGUCCAGGAACCUGCUGUUGAGGCAGAGGCCGUUUCAGAGACUGCUGUAGAGGCAAAUACCGUGGAGCCCACUGCUGAGGUUUCCGAGCCCAAGGAGGAAGUCAUCUCUGAGUCCACCAAGGAGGUGGCUGAGGAGACUCCGGUUGAGCAGCCUGCCACCCAGGAAUUGGCUGCCGAGCCCGUCAAGGAGACUGAGGUUGCCGAGCCUGUUCCCGAGAAGGCCGUCGAUGCUGCUGAGGAGUCUGCUGUCGAGGAGCCUACCAAGGCUGCUACUGAGCCCGUCACCGAAGCAGUUGAAGAACCUGCUGCCGUGGUCGCCGAGGAAGCUACUACUGAGAAGGCCGAGGAGCCCAUCAAGGCCGAGACUGUCGAAGAGACUUUGGAGAAGGCCAAGGCAGAGGAACCAGUUGUGGAGGAGCCUGUGUCUGAAACCGCUAAGGACGUGACACUCGAAGAGUCCCCUGCUGUUCCCGAGGAGGCUGCCGCCGCCGCUGCUAUCCCCGAGGAAACUCCUGCUGUUCCUGAGGCCACUGAAGCUGCCGCUAUUCCCGAGGCUGCUGCCGCUGCUGCUAUCCCUGAGGAAACUCCUUCUGUUCCCGAGGCUGCCGCUGCCAUCGUCGAGGAAAACGCCGCUUCUACCGAGUCUGUGCAAGAAUCAGUGGAGGAGGCUAUCCCCGCCGAAACUGCCAAGGAGGUCGCCGUUGAGCAGCCCGAAGCUACCAAGGCCGAGGAAGUCUCCGAGAAGGCCACCGAAGAGCCCGUCGCUGACCAGGCUGUUGAGGAGCCCGUUGUCGAGGCCUCCGCUUCAGAGCCGGCAGUUAAGGAGACUCCCGUUGAAGAGCCUGCCAAGGAAGUUGCCGUCGAGGAGCCCAUCGAGGCUUCCGCCGAGGCUCCUGCUGUUGAGGUCGAGGAGAAGCAACCCGAGAUUGAGGCUGUUGCUGAGCCCGUUGUCGCUGAACAGACUGAGACUGCUGCCGCUGUUGAAGUGCCUGUUUCUCAAGAUGAUAAGCCUGCUGCCGCCGAAGAGGAGGCCGUGGAUGAGCCAGUCGCUGUGGCAGAGACUGUUGAAGCUGCUGCUACCCCUGAGGCUGAGGCUGAGGCUGUUACUGCCGAGCCCGCUGUUGCUGAAACUCCUGCUGUCGAAGAGAAGGCCAUCGAUGAACCCGCUACUGUUGCAGAGACUGUCGAGGCUGCUGACGUUCCUAAGCCUGCGGCCGAGGUUGAGGCUGUGAUCGCCGAGCCCGCUGUUACUGAGACUCCCGCUGUCGAAGAAAAGACCACCGGCGAGCCUGUUGCUGCUGCCGAGUCCACUGCUGAGCCUGUUUCCGAGCAGACUCCCGAGGUGGCACCCGUUGUCGAGGAACCCGCUACCGAGAAGGCUGAGGAUGUGACUGAGCCCGCCAUUGUCGAGCCUACCAUCCAAGCUACUGAAGUUGUUGAGGCACCAGUUGUGGAGGAGCAGACUGUCGCAGAGCCUGUGAAGGCUGAGGAUCCCGUUGAAGCUGCUGUUACCGAGGAGAAGAUCCCCGAGGCCACUCCAGUGGAGGAAUCUACUACCAAGGAGCUCGAGCCCGAGACAACCGAGGCGAAGGAAGUUGCCAUUGAGCAGCCUGCCGUCGUUGCUGAAGAGGCUGCCGCCAAAGAGCCAGUGACCACUGAACCCGAAGUGCCAGCUGUUGUUGAGGCUGUCGCCGAGAAGCCCGCACAGGAGGAUGCCAAGGUCGAGGACAUCGUCUCAGAACAGUCUGCUCCUGUCGAGGAGACUGUUGUUGCAACCGAGGAACCUUCUAAGGUCGAAAUUGGUGAGGCCGAAGUUGUGGCUGAGACAUCCGAUGUGAAGGAGCCGAUCCAACCCUCUACCGCUGAAUCCGAACCCAAGCAGGAAGAGACCGCCGCUCCAGAUUCCGAGGAAGCCCCUGCUAAGGAUACUGGCAUCAGCACUGAAAUUAUUGGUGCUGGCGCUGCUGCUGCCGCCAUUGCCGGUGCCGGCGUGGCCGCCCUUGCUCACAAGGUGUCCGAGACUGCUCCGGAGACCUCGAAGGAUCAGAAGGAUCUCCAAGCUACCGAUGCAGACAAGGAGCCCGUUACUAAGGCUGAGACCCAGCCCCAGGUUUCGGCAGCAGAUGCACAACACACCGACGGUAAGCCAACACCGUUUUAUCUUUCAUCCCAGCCGUCUGCCAUGUCGUUCGAAACUGAUCCCAUUCUUGCAGCUCUCGCUGGCGACCGCGAAGCCCUCCUGAGCAAGCUCAACCAACCCUCCACCGAUCAGUUGUCCACGACCACCCAGAAACCGUCUGCCGCAACAGUCGAGAGUGUCACCGAGUCCGAGCCUGUCGCCGAGUCCCAGCCUGCCGCCGAGGCCAGUAAGGGAACCGUGGAACCCGCUGCCAAGCCUGCUGCCGAUGAUACUCUUGCGCCCAAGAAUAAUGAUGAAGAUGCUCGUCCAGCGAGCAGCCAGAAUCGGUCAGUGACUGCUGUUUCUCUAAAUGGUGCACCUGACAGCUGGCUCAAAGCGAUCCUGCGCACUGUCUUUGUGAACUUCUUUGGGGCAAUCUUUUCACCCUUCCGCCGUGGAAAGUCCUCAAAUUAG